AUGGCCCGCUACUCCCACUAUUUGUUAGCGCUGCUGUCCGCAUUUGUCGCAACUCUCUUUUGGCUAUCAUGGGGCUUGAAAGAUUCAGUCCCAACUAUAGCACUCACAGUAGGAUCAAAUUGCAUCCCAAAUGAAAACGCAACACCCACCACCGCACCAUAUGCAUCCGAAACUCCCAGCUCCCCCGUCAGUUCUCCCGUCAGUUCUCCCGUCAGUUCUCCCGUCAGCUCGCCUAUCAGCUCACCCGACGACAUCGACGAAGCCUACGCAGGAUCCGUGGCGUAUAAACUCCCCGCUAUUAAGAGCAAAGAACAACUAGCGGCAUCUGCAUUCCCGGCCAAGUUAUGGCAAAAGUCCGGCACCCACGGAAUCGACGACUCCCGCCGCGAAGAUAUGCGAUCGUGGCAAAGUCAAUCACCCAACCUCCGACACGAAAUCCUCACCGACGGCAGUGGAGAUCAGUACAUGCGCGAACAAUUCGCCGACUACCCCGAACUUCUCAACCUAUAUUCCUCUCUUCGAGUCCCGAUCCUCAAAGCCGAUCUUCUCCGCCAAUUCAUUCUCUACAAUGACGGUGGCAUCUGGAGCGAUCUCGAUGUCACAUGCCACGCACCUAUCGAUACCUGGAUCCCGGAACAGUACAAGGCUAGAACGAACGUCGUAGUCGGACUUGAGUUCGACGGAUCCCAAUUCGCUAGCUGGACGGUCAUGGCUAAGCCCAGAACCAGUCACAUCGCUUCUGUUCUUCGGUAUAUCGUUGCAGCGCUUGAGAAGUCUGCACUUGAUUACAAUACGACUAUUUCUGGUCUGACGAUGCAGACUAUUAGCGAUGUGGUUGACGUUACGGGGCCUCAGGCGAUGACACGGGGCAUCAUUCAAAGCUUGGAGAAGGAGCUGGGUCUUCCGGUUGGAAGACCUAAUAUUUCAGAGCUUCAUGAGCCGGUCCUCCUGGGUGAUGUCCUUGUGUUGCCUAAUGCGGCAUUUGCUGCUAUGCAAGGUGGCUGGCCGACUGAUCGAGGCCCGUACCUUGUUGAACAUCACUACGCUGGCUCGUGGAAGAAUGACAAGGGGGGUGAGAUUAAGGCCGAGGAUAAGAAACCAGAGCUUCAGGAGCCCGAGGGCCAGGCCUCGGUGACUGAAACCCCAGAGAUUCAAAAUCCAGAGACUCAGACUUUAGAGACUCAGACUCCAGAGAUUCCUGUACCGGAGGUUCAAGCCUCAGAGGUCCAGACCCCGGAGAUUCACCCAAAGAUGGACAAUGGGGUGGAGUUGGCAUAA